GCAGCAAACAUUAACUAGGGCCGCAAGUGUUGAGGCAGAGAGAGAAGAGAACAGGACAGGAGACUGGCGAUUGCUAAGAUCAGUGUCUGAGUUGGCCUCCAGUUUUUGGUACAACCAUCCCUCAGAGUCUAGAGAGGACUUAAAUCAUGAAGCUGAUUACCAUCCUUUUCCUCUUCUCCAGGCUGCUACCAAGUUUAAGUCAAGACAUGGCGCCCCAGGAAAUUGACUGCAAUGACGAGGAUGUUUUUCAGGCUGUGGAUGCCGCUCUGAAGAAGUAUAAUGCCAGGAACCACACUGGCAACCAGUUUGUGUUGUACCGUGUUUCUGAGGCCACUAAAAUGGUUGGUACUGACAUAUUUUAUUCCUUCAAGUAUCAAAUCAAGGAGGGUAACUGUUCUGUCCAAAGUGGUAAAACGUGGCAAGACUGUGAAUACAAGGACGCUCAGGAAGCUGCCACAGGAGCAUGUACAGCAACCGUGGGGAAGAGAAGAAAUAUGAACUUCUCUGUGGCGACCCAGACCUGCCAGAUUACCCCAGCCGAGGGCCCCACGGUAAGAGCGGAGUAUACUUGCCUGGGCUGUGUGCAUCCGAUACCUACUGACAGCCCCGACCUGGAGCAGCUUCUGAAACAUGGCAUUGAACACUUCAACAAUAACACGGAUCAUUCCCAUCUCUUUGCUCUUGAGGAAGUAAAAAUAGCCCAAAGACAGGUGGUGGCUGGAUUUAACUUUGAAAUUACCUACUCAAUUGUGCAAACCAAUUGUUCCAAGGAGAAGUUUCUAUUCCUAACUCCAGAGUGCAAGUCCCUUCUGAACAGUGAUGUUGGUGAGUGUAGAGAUAAGGUGUAUGUGAACAUUGAACAAAAAAUUGCUGCAUUCUCCCAGAGCUGUGAUCUCUAUCCAGGGGAGGAUUUGGUACAACCACUUCCCAAGAGCUGCCCUGGAUGCCCCCAGGACAUACCGGCAGACAGCCCUGACCUGAAGGAUGCACUUGAUCAUUCUAUCAGAAAGCUCAAUGCAGAGAAUAACGCAACCUUCUAUUUCAAGAUUGACACUGUGAAAAAAGCUACAUCACAGGUGGUAGGUGGAAUUAAAUAUGUUAUUGAGUUCACAGCCAAAGAGACUGAAUGUUCCAAAGAAAGUAACACAGAAUUGACGGCAAACUGUGAGGCCAAACAACCUGGUCAAAGUCUCAGCUGCACUGCUGAAGUUUACAUGAGGCUUUGGGAGAAGAAAGUUUUCCCCACUGUCAAGUGUCAACCACUGGAAAUGGUUACAAUGAUGAGAAGGCCUCCGGGUUUUUCACCUUUCCGAACGGUACAAGUACAGGAAACAAAAGAAGGAACAACUGUAAGUCCACCCUACACUUCCGUGAUGCCUGUCCAUGAAGAGCAGGAUCCAGAAAGUGAACAAGGGCCCGCUCAUGGGCAUGACCGGUUUCAUGAAAAUCCUAAGAUUGGCCAUGGUCAUAAACAUGAGCAUGACCAAGUCCAUUCCCCGCCAAAGAGGCAUGGCCUUGGUCAUGGACAUCAAAAACAGCAUGACCUUGGUCAUGGACAUCAGCUUAAACUUGAUCAUAAUCUUAAACAUCCAAAGGGACAUGGCUUUGGCCAUGGCCAUCCAACUGGACAUGACAUAGCUCAUAAACAUAAGCAUGGUCGUGACCAUGAACAACGCAAAAAUAAAGACAAAAUCAGUGGAAAGCACACUGACCGGAGAACAGAGUCUUCAGCAAGCUCUUCUGAGGAUAGUUCUACAUCUACACAGACACCAGGGAGGACAGAAGGGCCAAGCACUCUCCCGCCCCUAGUCCAGCCCAGUGUAGCAGUCACUUCUGGCUUUGAGGACUCGGAUCUCAUUGAAGGUAUGGUGGCUGCCUCGCCAUCAAAUCCCACAGAGAUCGAUGAUGAUUUGAUCCCUGAUAUCCACGUACAAGCCGAUAGGCUUUUGUUUAAGCUGAUACCUGAUUUUCCAGAAACAGCCCCCCACAACUGUCCUGGCCGUCCAUGGAAGCCAGGUAAUAGAAAGAAUCCAACCAUGGAAAUGAAAGAGUUUUCUGAUUUUGAACUCUCUGAUGCUCUCUCUUAACUUAUGCAGCACAGGUAUAUUUUUUAACACCUCACCUUCUCCUUUCCCUAUUGUUCAAGCACAAAUAUUAUAAUACAAGUCACCCAGACCAUAAAGCUUCAGAACAGCCUAGCGAGACCCCAGAAACCACUCAAUGGGACUCUAUAAACCUCUAUGGUUGAAUAAAACUGUGUGCCGUAGCCAAAUCCUUUCUGAGCCUGCCUUACAACUUUUCUAAACUUGCAUUGAAAGCAGCCUACCAUAAUUUGCUUCCUGUGAUAAUAAUUGUGUAUCUUAAAAUGUACAUUACCAGAUUUUAUAAGAGCUUUUUACUAUUCUGAAUAAACUGUGGUAUCUCUUUCUUAA